AUGAUCACCGACGCUAAGAACAUGUAUACUAAUAUUAUUCAGCCAGAGGAUGGUAGCGUUCGUAAAAAUUCGUUUGCAGAGAUCAAAUCGAAGAGUGAACCAGUCACUCCGAUCCAAGGCAUUCAGGGAUCAUAUGAACAAACUAAACAGAACACAAACAAAGCUAGUGAAAACACACAAGCUCCUUCUUUUGUUCCCUCCACAUAUCCAUAUCCAUAUCCAUACCCAGGUACUCCAUCAUAUCCACAUGGGUAUCACUACCCACCUUAUCCUAUGGGUUAUCCACAUGCAUUCAACCCAUACUAUUAUUAUCCCCCACCACCUAACCUAUACUUCCCACCGCCACCGACACCAGUACAAUCACAUGGUACACCAUUACAAUCUAAUGGCCCUACCUUACAUGACACUGAUGAACAUUCAGUCUCUUCAUACUCGAGUAACCCUAUAUCAACUGUUACUCUACACCAAGUUUCUGACCCAUCAGAAUUUCCAGACUUUCUACAAAACUUUCAAAAAUAUUUAAAUGAUAUAAACUUAUCCAAGAUAUGUAUAAACACAGCACAAUCUACCAUUACCGAUCAAGAAAAACAACAUGUAACACAUAUUUUUAGAUUAUAUGUUAACCCUAAAGCAUAUCCUAUGUGGUUCAAAAACGAACUAUCGGAUAACUAUGUCUCUUUGUUUGAUUUAAUUCAAUGUGCCAUUAUAAAAUACAAUAAAAGGAAUACUCCUACUAAAUUAUAUCAGCAACUACAACACAUCCGUUACGACCCAAAGUGUGAUCCUAUGUUGUUUAAAAAAAGAAUAAAUAAUAUGAUACAACAAGCAAAAGAUUACAAUAUCGCUAUUCCAGAUAGGAUUUUAUGUGAUACGAUCAUACAAUCGUUACACGGACCUUAUCAAAUAAUUGUUGAUAAUUACAAUCGUAACUUUCACAACAUUACAUUGAAUGACAUUUUAAAUGAUAUUAUCAACAUCCAUAGUCGUCAGCCACACCCCUAUCCAACCAAACAUCACACCAAUACAUUAUCUUCUACCAAGCCAACCAAUCAACUCAAAAAGCCAAAAAAUAAAAAGAAAAUUUCAAACAUUCAAUGUGAGCACCCUAUUGAAGAAAACACACAGGAUGACUCCCCAGAAAAUCUUAAAGACUAUCUAGUCCUUGACACUGGUGCAGAAAUUUCUGUUAUUAAUGACAUAGAAUUUCUAAACCAUAUUACCGAUGCUAACGUUGUCCUAUAUGCCGCAAAUGACAAACCAAUUCCUGCUGCUGCUAGUGGUAUAAUAUCACUAAAAUUUCAAACCCAUUCCAAACCUUACGUUAUAAGGGCUAUUCAUGCUCCUGACAUAUCGAACAAUUUCAUUAGUACAUACCAAUUGGAAAAAGCCGGUAUUGUAGUUGACACUCGUCAUCGCCAAUUACUAGACAAGUCGGAACACAUUCUGUCUCCCAUCAUUAAUGUGGGUAAGUACAUGUGUAUACCUCGAUCAAUUUUACAACCAUCUAAUCAACAAUCUACUUCAUACAGCAUAAACAAAUUAGGUAUCAAAUUAACUGUACCUUUUCUACACAAUUUAUUUGGACAUAUUAAUGUUCAUGAUAUUAAAACCACAAUUGAUCGAAAGAUGAUUUCUGGUAUCACAUCAGCUGAUGUCGAUUGGUCUGGCAUUCACUCCUUUCGAUGUACAUCCUGCAUGAAAGGAAAAUCAACUCGUCACAAGCAUAUUAUAGGUUCUCGUAUAAAAUAUCAAAAAGAAUAUGCUCCCUUUGAAUAUAUCCAUACCGAUAUUUUCGGUCCCAUGUCACAUCUACCAGUCGGAACACCUUCCUAUUUCAUCAGCUUUACCGAUGAAUCUACUCGUUUUCGCUGGGCUUUUCCAUUAUAUUCAAAGGAUUCACAAAAUGUUACUCGCAUAUUUUCAAAGUUCAUUAAUAUGGUGUCUAAUCAGUUCAAGACCAACAUCCUAUCUUUUCAAAUGGAUCGUGGUUCAGAAUUUACAAACGAUCAGAUAACCAAACUCUUCGAAGAUAAAGGGAUUAACCCAAUUUAUACUACUGCUGGUGAUUCACGAGCAAAUGGUGUUGCAGAACGAUUUAAUCUAACUUUUUUAAACGAUUGUCGAACACUUUUACAAGCUACAAACCUACCAAAUUCGACUUGGUUUUAUGCUGUUCAAUUCGCCACACUCAUGCGUAAUGCAUUUUUUAACUCAUCUAUUAAAACUUCAUCAAGAGCAAAAGCCGGUCUUGCAGGUCUGGAUGUGAGUACUAUUCUUCCUUUUGGACAAGAAGUUAUUAUUCACAAAGGAUCAACAACAUCCAAGCUUUCUCCUCGUGGUGACGACGGGUUGGCAUUAUGCCCAUCCACAGUAUCUCAUGGAUACUUAAUAUAUAAUACCAUCACCAAAAAAGUGGUUGACACAUCCAAUUAUUCAAUCGUUAAAAGUUCACCAUCAAAAGGCACCACACCAAAAUCCACAGUCUUCGACACUCUAAUUGCUAUCCACGACUACCCCGAGAACAUUGAACCAGAAUCUGAACCAGAAAAAAUUGACAUUCCUACUGAGAACCAAUUACCAUCACAUACUACCGCACUACCAUCAGUUCAACACUCCUCUGAAAACAAUGACACCCUUAAAGAAGUUGACAAUCUAAUUGAUUCCAUCGUACAUACAAACUCCAAUUAUGAAUCUGAUGACUAUACAUCAGAAAAUGAAAGUGAUAAUGAAAACGAAGCUAUAUCAUCCACUUCGCCCAUUCAAGCCCAGCCAAUAGAGCACACCCCAUUGGGUGGUACAAAUUUAUCUAAUUCCUCCAAUCUAUCUCCUGAUUCCACUUCUUUAGCUAAUCCACAAAAAGACGCUGUGUUGGGUGGUAAAAAUACCGAUGCUAAAAUUACGAAACCAUCUAGUAAGAAAAACACAGACGCUUCAAGACUAGCAAAAAAAGCUGAAGAAUAUUUAACGAAAUUCUCAAAAGAAUACAAAAUAAGCAAUAUUCGUGCUAAUCAGAGAUCAAAUGAAUUAAAUAGUGCCUCCCACUCAAUAAACUAUAGAGAUGCUAUAAUAAAAAAUACUAAUAAUGACUCAAAAUAUUUGUAUAAAUUGGCAUAUGAAAAAGAAAUCGAACAGUUAAAAAAAAUGAAUACGUGGGACGAAGAAUUAAUCGAUGAUAAGAAUAUUGAUAAGAAGAAAAUAAUUAAUACAAUGUUCAUAUUCAACACAAAAAGAGAUGGAACACACAAAUGUAGAUUAGUAGCAAGGGGAGAUCAACAGAAGAAGGGAACAUAUAAUGAGGAAGCAACAUCCAAUACAGUUCAUCACUAUGCACUAAUGACUGUACUUUCAAAUGCUUUAAAUAAAAACAAAUACAUCACUCAAUUAGAUAUUUCAUCUGCAUAUCUUUAUGCUGACCUAGAAGAAGAACUAUAUAUAAGAGCUCCACCGCAUAUGAAUUUGAAGAAAAAGGUCGUGCGAUUAAAAAAGUCCUUAUAUGGAUUGAAACAAUCAGGAGCUAACUGGUACAGGGAGAUAUCCAAUUUUUUGACAUCAAAAUGUUGCUUAAAAGAAAUAUCAGGCUGGUCAUGUGUGUUUAUAAAUGAGAAAAUUACGGUAUGUUUGUUCGUUGAUGAUAUGAUUAUCACAUCCAGAAAAAUAUCUGACGCAGAGAAUUUUAUAUCAAAGUUACAAGAAAAAUUUGAUACAAAAGUCAUAAAUCUAGGACUACCUACAGAAGGUAAAACAGAGUAUGACAUUCUAGGUUUAGAAGUUAACUAUAUGUUUGAUAAGGAACUAUCCUUUGGUAUGGAAAAAUCCUUAAGAGAAAAACUCCCAUUAUUGGAUGUGCCUCUAAACAAAAAUGGGAAACUAUUGAAAGCUCCAGGGCCCCCAGGAAAGUAUAUUGAAGAAGACUAUGUAAGUAUAUCUGGAUUAGAGUACAAGAAACAAGUAAAAUGGCUUCAAAAAAUAAUUGGCCUAGCCUCAUAUGUUGCUCACAAAUAUCGUUAUGACAUAUUAUAUUACGUAAACGUAAUCGCAUCAAACACAUUAUUCCCAAACAAAGAAGUUAAAGAAUUAGCUAGACUUUUAGUGCAAUAUCUAUGGGAUACUAAAGAGAAGAAGCUUAUAUGGUGCAAGAAAAAGAAUAACGAAAAUCAAAUUAUGCUAAACGCUAUUGCUGAUGCAUCAUUUGCUAAGCAAAAGGAAUUCAAGUCUCAACUAGGUUACUACAUUAAAAUUGAUGACAAUAUAAUCGCUGGUAAAUCAACAAAAUCAAAAACAACUCUAACAUCAACUGCUGAAGCAGAAAUUGGUGCUAUUGGAUUAUCUAUUCCUGUGUUGAAAUACAUCAAAUUAUUACUUAAAGAAUUAACUGCAGAUAAAAUAAUCACUACGAUUGAAACAGAUAGCCAACCGGCUAUGGCAGUAAUUACUUCCAAAGAAGAUAAAUCAUUUAAAAAUAAAUUCUUUGGGAUAAAAGCUUUAAGGAUAAGAGAUGAGAUAAGUGAGAAUAAUCUAAGAGUUGCAAGAAUAGAUACAGCAAACAAUAUUGCUGAUAUUUUGACAAAACCAGUGACAUACAAGAGAUAUAGUAAAUUAACUUCAGAAUGGAUUGUAUGA